ACGCGCUUCCAUACGCACGCGUUCACUCACUCACUCACUCACUCAUGUGGCGGAGACAGGAACGUAUGUGACCGCUGAAGGGGGCAUCUCCUCCCGUUACUCAACCAAUGUGAUACCCUCCGGCUUUUCGCAGAGGAGUUUCUCAUCCUAACAUUCAUGUACUUUCUGCGCCGUUUCUCCACGUUCAGAGAAUAAUGGAAGCGCUCGGGAGCAGAUGCGCACUUUUUCUCGCUCAGAUCGCACUCUUCUUUAACACAAUAGAUAUAUCAGAAGCAUAUGGAAUCAGAUCUCAGAAGAAACUCUCAGAGAAUAUAGAUUGGUCGUAUGAGGGAACUCUAAACCAAAACAACUGGGCAAAGAAAUACCCAUCAUGCAACAAUGCCAAACAGUCACCCAUCAACAUCGAGGAAAGCCUGACGCAGGUCAAAGUUCAGUUCCAGAAACUGAGAUUAGAAGGCUGGGAGGAGUUAACAUCAGACUUCACUACAGUGAAGAAUGAUGGGAAAACUGUGGCCAUUGAUGUUGGCGGAGAAUUUUACAUUAGUGGAGGAGGCCUGAGGUCCAAGUUUAAAGUGGGCCGCAUCACUUUCCACUGGGGCCUGUGCAAUGCCUCCUCAGACGGAUCAGAGCACAGCAUCAAUGGGGAGAAGUUCCCCUUGGAGAUGCAGAUAUACUGUUAUGAAGCAGAUGUUUUCCAUGACCUCGACGAGGCCCUCCGAGACGGAGGAAAGAUCACCGCAGUGGCCGUCCUGUUUGAGACAAGUAUUGAAGAUAAUGAAAAUUACUAUGCCAUCAUUGAUGCAGUCAACAGUGUGAGGCGUUAUGGAAAGAGUGGCUCUGUCUCUCAGUUCACCCUUCAGGGACUCCUGCCUAACUCUACCGAGAAAUACUUCACCUAUAACGGCUCUCUCACCACCCCACCCUGCUCGGAGACUGUCGAAUGGAUUGUCUUUAAAAACACUGUGGCCAUCUCAGAUGUUCAGCUGGAGAUGUUCUGUGAGGUCAUGACCAUGCAGCAGGCUGGAUAUGUAAUGCUUAUGGACUACCUGCAGAAUAACUUCAGAGAACAGCAGGAGCAGUUUAUGGGAAAGGUCUUCUCAUCCUACACUGGUGUUGAGGAGGUCCACACACCUGUUUGCAGUUCUGAGCCGGAGAAUAUUCAGGUCAACCCUCAGAAUAACACCAGUAUGCUUGUGAUCUGGGAAAGGCCGCGGGCUGUUUAUGACUCGAGUAUAGAAAGAUACUCCGUCACCUACCGGCCGGCCAAAGGGGAUGACGAAUCUGCCCGAGAGUAUCUGACUGACGGAGACCAGGAUGUGGGGGCGAUCAUUCAGGACCUGCUGGCUAACACAAGUUACAUGGUCCAGGUGGUUGCUGUGUGCACCAACGGUCUGUAUGGCCGAGUGAGCGAUCAGAUGACGGUUGACAUGCCCCUGGAUGAUCCUGAAGCAGACUACAACUAUGAAUCAUAUAACUAUGAUGAGGAAAACUAUCGCACCAAUCCAAUUUUGGUCAGACCUGACUCAAAUCAGCAUCUAUAUCCUGUCCAAACAACCGCAGUCCAUCCAACAAUUACUGCAACAGAGAGACCCACCCAUCCAGUCUUUGAUGUUAAAACAACACCAACAACGUAUGAAAGACAAAUCCCAGAUGACUCCCAGAUGAAUCACCAUGCCCUAGUGGCAUAUACAGAGGAACCUACUACCAUAUAUACAGACCAACUUACCCCUACCCCACCCAUAACCACCGCAGAUGUACACAUCAAUGUUUCAGAUGUGUCCGAUAAUAGAAGCAGCACAUUCACAGGGUCCACCAUAACAAAUCUUACAUCUGAAAUAAAUGUAACAUCAGCUUCAGUAAACAUUACAGAGGUUGAGUUAGUCGCUCCACCUGUUAUCGAUUUGGACAGCUACGGAGGGAGUUCAGUGACCAUAGCCCCAAAGGAGUAUGCCAAUGAAAUCCCAAUCGAUUCGGCGUCCUCGUCUUCCAUACCUUUGGAGGUCACUCUACAGCCUUCAUCUCCUAGCUUGCUUAUUCCAACUUCUGCUUUCAGCACUGUUCUGUCGCAGACAACCUCGCUGGUCUAUAAUGGUGAGAGCACCUCCUACGCCCCCUCUGUACCCCUGUCCAACGUGCAUGCUAGUCCCAUCUCCUCCCAUUCCCCAAGCAGUGUGUUGUCUGAGUCCAAACCCGUCCCUGACCGGGUCGUCCCGUACACUGUUUUCCCCCUGAUGUCUGGUGGUGGCGCACAGUCUGUCACCCCUUCCCCUUCCUACCCAACCCUGAACCCCUUUGGAUCCAUGUCUGUUUUGGACAUGGAGCCUGUCUUUAGUGGUGGCUGUGAUGAUGAUGGUGGAGAUGAUGAUGUUAUAUCUGGGUCCGUCUCAACUGACCCUCAAUGUAGCAGAACUGUUCCCCUCCAAAUAUUACCAGAAGCAACUGGUACUGUGUUCUUGAUGCAGCCAAGUUCUGAACACGACCUUCAAAGUUCCCCCGAUUCUUCAAAUACGGUCUUCCCACUGAGCUAUCCGAAAUAUAUCCAACCUUCAGUACCAGUCUCUGGCGACUACUCUCAGAUGAUGACGACCCUUGACUCGACCGUUUCUCUCUCAGGUAGCAUUAGGGAUUCAGAUCCAGAAGGUGGUGGUGCGUCACACACCUCGAGUAAAAUUUCUUUGCAUGCUUCUAACUUCUUGCUGCCCUCCUCUACCAGGGUGCUGCCCCCUUGUGGUGGUCUCUCAAAUGACCUUUCUAGUCUAUUACUGUCCAGCACCGGCACUCCUCUGUGCAGUGACACAUACAUGGAUGCUAUGUUGUCUUCUUCUCUUUCUCACACCAAGCCCUUUAGUGACCAUAGUGUAUCUGCUAGCGCCUUUGCAAAAAGCACAGUCGGACAGUUUCAAGGCGCACCUAAGCCUCAAACCAUUGCUCCCACAUUUACCUCACAAUCAAGCAUCAUGCCUACUCCUCCAAUGCCGCAAACUAUCGCACCCACCUCUACUCCUGAAUCCAAGAUUUUGUUUGCUCCUCCAGUGCCGCCAACUAUCGCACCCACCUCAACUCCUGAAUCCAAGAUUUUGUUUGCUCCUCCAGUGCGGCCAACUAUUGCACCUGCCUCUAAGAAUUCAGAAUCCAGCACCAUGCCGACACAAUCAGCAGAUGGGCAAUUGGAUAGCAGUGCCUCUGGUUGGCCUUUGGAUUUAGAUUCGGGUCAGAACUCAGCUUCAGGAGAUGAGAUUAUCGCUCUGUACAUCCCCACUGCUUUACCUACAGAGGCACCGAACGAUGGGAACGAGGAGCAUUCCUCAUCCUUCUACUUUGAGGGUGAGAACGAAGCAACUGAGUUUAGGGUCACCUUGCGCCCAUCUUGGACUGUACGAGAAGGUGUAGAGGAAGAAAGCGGAUCGAGUGAUAGCCUUACUGAUAUUGAGACAUCCUCAGACUUCAGUAUCCAAGAGCGAACAGGAAGAAACUCAGAGGAGGAUCUGGUGGAAGAUGCCAGUAAUAGCAGUCAUGAAUCACGAGUGGGUCUGGUGAACAGUGUUGAGAGACGGAAGAAGGCUGUGAUUCCUCUGGCUGUGGUCUCCACAUUAACUUUCCUAUUUCUUUUUAUUCUGAUUGGCAUUUUCAUCUACUGGAGGAAAUGUUUUCAGACUGCUCACUUUUACAUAGAAGACAACACAUCACCAAGAGUGAUUUCUUCCUCGCCAAAGACGAGCCGUACAGGUGAACAUGAUCCCAUGUUGGUUAAACAAUUUGUAAAGCACGUGGCAGAACUUCACAACACCAACUCAUUUUCGCGAGAGUUUCAGAUAUUGAAAGAGUAUUUUGAGGAGGUUCAGUCAUGCACCGUUGACCUUGCAGCAACAACGGACAUUUCUAGCUAUCCGGAGAACAAGAGCAAGAACAGAUAUCUCAACAUUUUAGCCUAUGACCACAGUAGAGUUCGACUCGCGCCCCUGACAGACAAAGGCGGAAAGAGCGAUGGGGACUAUAUCAACGCCAACUACGUUGAUGGUUUUAACAAAAACAGGGCUUACAUCGCUGCUCAAGCGCCCUUAAAGUCCAGCACAGUAGAUUUUUGGAGGAUGGUUUGGGAGCAAAACGUGGGAGUGAUCGUCAUGAUGACAAACCUGGUGGAGAAAGGAAGGAGGAAGUGUGACCAGUACUGGCCUUUGGAAAAUCAUGAAGAAUAUGGGUGUUAUUUGGUUACUCUGAGGAGCACAAAAAUCCUGGCUUACUACACCCAAAGAACAUUCACCAUCAGAAACACCAGCAUAAAGAAGAGUUCACAGAAGGGUUGUAAUAAUGAGAGAACAGUAAUACAGUAUCACUUCACACAGUGGCCAGAUAUGGGUGUACCUGAGUACGUCCUGCCUGUGCUUUCAUUUGUCUACAAAUCAUCUAGAGCCAAGACAGAUGACAUGGGUCCAAUGAUCGUACACUGCAGUGCUGGCGUAGGGCGAACAGGAACCUACAUAGUGCUGGACAGUAUGUUACAACAAAUCAAAGAACAAGGCACAGUUAACAUUUUGGGCUUCCUCAAGCACAUUCGCACACAACGUAACUUUCUUGUUCAAACAGAGGAGCAGUACAUUUUUACCCAUGAUGCUCUAGCAGAGGCCAUUUUGAGUCAAGAGACAGAGGUGCCAUCAAGUCAUAUUCAUCGAUAUGUCAAUGACCUCCUGACACUAGGGCCCUCAUGCAAGACACGGCUUGAAAAGCAGUUCAAAAUGGUCUGCCAGACGAAUGCCAAACACGACGACUAUAGCAGCGCAAUGAAAGAAUGCAACAGAGCAAAGAACAGGAGCUGCUCGCUUAUACCUGUGGAGAAAUCCAGAGUUUGUUUGUCCACAUCAGUGAGAGAAACAUCCGACUACAUCAAUGCCUCAUAUGUCAUGGGUUAUCAACAGAGCAAAGAGUUCAUCAUUACCCAGAAUCCUUUGCCUGGCACAGUAAAGGACUUUUGGAGGAUGGUAUGGGAUCACAACAUCCAGGUCAUUGUAUCAUUACAGGAUACGACAGAAAACAGUGAGCCAAUCAUAUUCUGGCCUGUAGGAGAUAAGCCAAUCAGCUAUGAGACCUUCACAGUCACAUUAAUAGGGGAGAGCCACGUGUGCCUGUCCAGUGAGGAUAUGUUGAUAGUGCAGGAUUACAUCUUGGAGGCUACACAGGAUGACUUUGUUCUAGAAGUAAGACAUUACCGGGCACCACGCUGGCCCAAUCCAGACAGUCCUAUCAGCAACGUCUUUGAGCUUAUCAACAUCAUCCAAAAAGAGUCCAGCUCCAAAGACGGACCCACAAUUGUACAGGACGAACAUGGUGGUGUGACUGCUGGAACGUUCUGUGCGCUUUCCAUCCUCAAACAACAGCUUGAGUCUGAGAGCGUGGUGGACGUCUACAUGGUGGCCAAGAUGAUAAACCUCAUGAGACCUUGCGUCUUCACUGACAUUGAUCAGUAUCAGUUUCUUUACAAAGCUAUCCUGAGUUUGGUCGACACCCAAGAAGAUGAGCGAGCGCUACAGUGUACCGACAACAACGGUUCAGUCCCAGGAGACGCCUCGAUCUCGACUGAGAGUCUGCAAUCGCUGGUGUAACCAUAGUGAUGAAGCCUGAACAGAAAAAAACUGACUCUCUUUUUCUGUCAAAGAUGUUUUCUGUUUUCCCAAUCCAUAUUUUUCAUCUUUGAACUGACGGAGCUCUGCCGGUUGCGGUGCGGCCAUUAAAUGUGUGCCUUUGAACUUCACUCCACAUUUUUACUCAAAACUAAUUGUCUGUCAAACUGCCACCUUGUGCUAAUGUCUUACUAAUGUCUUUUACGGUCUUAUAUUUAUUUGCUUAAAAGCUUGUUUAAAGAAGACCCUUUUGUAAAUUAGUCUGGAAGUAUUUUAGCCGAGCUGAGCUGUUUUUCAUACAAAUACAGUAUAAAUACAAAGAAAGUGGCAAAAAUGUUCAUUGUUAAAGUCAGGAAAUAAUAUUCUAAUCUGUAAAUAAUACAGCAUCGCCCUCGUCGAUGGACCAAAUUUCUAUUUAUGUCUAGAAUUUUAUAUUUUGCCGCAGAGGCUUUAGCGCUUUACAGGAUACGACUGCGUUUAAAUAAUUUUAGUCGACACAUUUAAAAUUAUGUUUUGUUGUCUCAAUAUUUUGUACUGUUACUGGCCUAAGAUGAAACAUUACGUACUUACACUGUUUAGCUGUACAAGAUGUUUGUCUGUUUGUAGGAUUAAAAGAAACACGAAAGUACACAAUUUUUUUUAUCAAUCUUGGUUUUUGCAAAGACAAGAAAAUAUUUAUAAUCAUUGAUACAGUCAGAAAGACU